AUGAACACAAAUAUUGAGGUAAAUCGACAAACAAAUUACUAUUUUGGGAAGGAACUAACUAAGGAAAUGACUAACAAUAAGAAUAGAAAAUGUCCUUGUUUUUGAGCAAAAAAUUAGCAAAAUUACUGUUUUAUUUUGUAAAUAAACAGGAAUGAACAGCAAAAGCGAUUCUGGUUAAUAAAAAGUUUGAAAAUUUUGAAAUACGCCUAAGGCAAUGCUUUUCCAUAAACACCAUAAGAUCGAAGGGAAUACGGAAGGAAUCGAAUUGUAAUAAUUUUCAAUCAACACGACCGCCGGUCAAUAUUACAACAGCUUCUUUCGCGGAAUCUUGACUUGUAGCCGUGCACUGAGUUUGCCCCCAACCAACGUGAUUUACAAUUUAAAGUCGAAAGUCUGCAGAUGAUGGUCUUUAGACGAGAUUUGUUCAUCAUCUUGUUUCACGGAGUUGUUGUGCAGUAUAAGGUGUUGUUAUUUCACUCAAAGCAUCAAGAAAUAAGUGGAAUUACUUGCAAAUAUGAUACCUACAGUAAUAUUAAAAUAUCUGUUAUUCUUUCUAGAACACAAAAAUUUUAAAAAAUUUUGAAGAGGAAUUGCAAGUUGAUUGUCAAAAAUUCCAAAAUUUUGGAUUACUAAAAUAAAUGUAUAUAAUUUAUAUGACCUUUGUAACCUUGCAAUAUGUAAAUACAGCAAUAUGUAGUAGGGCAGAUUUAUUUUUCCACCAACGGAUGACUAAUAUUUUAUUUUUAUUCACUUAAUCACCUUGAACAUUUGACCCUGAGGCGUUGUAAUUCCUAUGUGAUUUCUUUAAACUGCGGGCUUUUGCCGAUUGAAGUCAGUAGAGAAGAUCGUGUAACCUGUUUUUGCAACGUUUCACCUGGUCAUUUGUACUUUAUCAGUGAUUAUAUCGCUAUUAAGAAAAGUGACUUAAUUUGAGUGUGUUUACAGGUUUAAUAAAAGCAGAAGGGGUAAUUAAAAUAAAAUAUCUCAGAGGUUUCCAGAAAACUAUUUGUAACAAAUGCACCUUAGAGUGGGCUACUGUAAACAUACAUAGAGCACACCAAAUUAUUUUCUUCAAAAAUAAGGUUAGUAAGACGUCAACUUGAUGCUUCAGUCAUUGUCAAAUUGCCGUCAUUUUCGUCAUAUCAAAAUGUUCUGUCAUUUCUGUAAAAUUGAGUUUUUUGAAAUUUUUUUGUAUAUCUUUACUAAAAAAUCGUAGUAAUUCAAAAUUUUUAGAAACUAUAUUGCCCUUUCUUGACAAUGCGCCCGAUGAAAUAAGCAGUAAAAACAGCUGCUACUAAUAUUAACGGUAUUCAUCGUAGCUUGCGUUUGAAAACUUUAGCCAAAUUACGAAAAUGACGCAUCGAAUCCAUCAAAGCUUAUUCAAAAACCAUUUUUGAGCCGCGCCCAAGCUUUGUGUUGGUUGCUAUCAUACGAAGAAAAAAACUUCUAUUUUGGUCAUCGAAAGCUUAAUGUAAUGGAAUUUAUUUAAAGUUCACGGCGGGCUAUUGGGGGUUGUCAUCAUCACAAACAGACUUGAACCCUGUCUGAUUAUUGUACUUUAUUCCCGGUCAUCAAUCAAGCUUUUCUAUAUUUAGAACAAAGAUGCGGUAAAAAUAGCAUUGCAUCGAGUAUGAGAAAAAAUGCCUCCUAAUGAUUUAUAAGAGUGAGAAGUAGACCGCACCCGUCGUUCAGAAGCAAAACGCUAAAACUGCUUCCGUCACUUUUUUGGAAAAAUUGAAUGAAAAGAAUGAGGCCGAUAUGGCCAAAAAAAGCGAGAAAUAAGGCGAAUUUAGCCGUUUCCGGAGAAUAGGUCACCCUUAGCUGACAGGUUGCCCCCAGCGGGAUAGGCUACCUCAAGUUUCAAACAGGUUUCCUCGGAGGAUUGGUUGCCUCGGCCUUAUUUUCUCCACAUCAUUAUGCAUACAUUAAAAAGUAAGAUUUUUAUGAAUUUAAAUAAAUGUGAACAUGUGCCUCUGCUUCAAUCGAAUAUCCAAAAUUGAUUACUGCCAUAUUUUCUUGAUUCACUUGCGGCAUUCUAGACGUUGACCCUGAAUGUUAAUCGAUCUGUGGCGCUUCCAGACGAUCUUUCGAAAUACGAAACGAAAAUACCCAAGUUCCGCCCCGAUAGUCAAUAUAUAAGCGUAAUCAACCCAAGGAGCGCAAAAACAGUCUUAUCAUGCCUUUCAGCCAUGUCUUGACCUUCCUAUUGGUGACUACUGUGAUUACUCAAUCUUUUCAAUAUGCUGAUCCCUUCACAGCUGGGACAAUUCUCGAUUCAUGGGGUGGAAAUCUUGGGCCCAGCCAUCCGAAUUCCAUCCAAUCAGGUAAGUUAUAUUUUUAGUAGAUCAAGGCGCAGAUAUUGGUUUGCAAAACAUUCUUUCACAGUUUUUUUACGUUUUAUUGUCAAUUUUUUGAUUAUUCUCGUUCGCUCUGGCAUUCAUAAGUUCAAAUCUUUGGCUUUUGACACUUACUCAGACCUAACUUCUGCUCAAAAUUUGAAGAAAAUCCGCCUUUUCCUGGGAUCCUUCCUCUGUUAUUUGUAGCUUUCGGAAGUCACAAUGACCAAAGUCCGAUGUCCGAUUUUAUUUUUUCUAAUUUGUUUUCGUAUCUUCAGCUUCCUACCGACCCUCCUACGGCUACGGAUUCUUCGGUUAG